GUUGUCAACAGACAUCUACAGAGACCACGUUAGUUUUAUCAUGCAAAUUUGCCCCAAAACAGCUAAUCUUUAUCUGACAGUAGGUUCUAUUAAUGACAAAAACUAUGGAGGAAGAGAUGACGGUGGUGGAAUGUCAACGGGCUGACGAGAAAUCGACACUAAACGAGAGAAACAUUUCGGAUGCUGGUUCCCCUUUUAAGGACGAGUCCAAGAUGAUGCAGGGCGAAGAAUGUAAACAAACUGACAAACAAAACACUGACAAAGAGAACAAGGUUGAGAAUGGGGACAGUGCAGCAACCGAUUCGGACGCUCCGGAGGGGAGACGAAAACGGAAGCAUCGCCGACGACAGCGAGGUGGAAAGAACCACCGACGUUGGAAACCUUAUGACAAAAUGAGUUGGACAGAGAAACAGGCACUUGAAGAAAAGGAAACAAAGCGUGCUAACCAGAAAAGAGAAAAUGCAUUUGCUUCCGGGCAUCCUGUUGCUCCGUACAAUACAACUCAGUUUCUUAUGGACGAUCAUUGCAAAAAUGAGGCCAUUUCGCCAGACUUGUAUCGCUAUAACUCGAAGGACUCGAAUGCCUCAAACUAUUCAGAUUCUUCAUCAGACUUUUAUGAUGAAGGAAACGAUGACGACUUUCUUGAACGAAACUUUCAAGAUCAGUUUAAUGACUUCCGGAUGCAGCAACUUAUGGACAAAACAAAGGAAUCAUUGGUGAGAGAAUAUGUGCAACUGGAGAUGAAACUUGAGAGUUUAGAAAGUGUGGAACGAAAAUCUGGCUCUGGGUCGAGAUCAGGUUCCGAGUCCUUGAACAGCAGCACUGAUAAAGAUACAGAGAUGGACACAGGUAAAGCCAGUGAAUUGUUCAAUAUGGAGGAAUUCAAGAGAUUGAAAGCUGAAAAUGACAAUUUAAGAUUGCAAAAUAAAUCAUUACUGACAAUCUUGGGAAAAACUGACGGCAUUCAGUCAACUGAAAAGUGUUAAAGUGCAUUAAAUGUGUUGUGAAAAAUGUUGAAAUGCAUUCUCUUGAUACAUUGUACAUGACAUAGACAUGUGAUGAAAUACUAUAUUUUACUUUACAAGUUUGUGUUUUAUUUGUCAAUUUUUGGGCAGUUGUUCUUGAUCUCAUUAUUGGCAUUUUUAUUUGCAAAAAAUAUAAAUAGAAAAUAUAAAUACUGUUACAAAAAAAUUGAAAUGAGUUAAAUUUGGUACUUCAAUAUAUAGAAAAUUCAACAACUUGGUAACUUCUAUAAAACAAGACCUCUCCUAGCAGAGUGCAAGGUUUUCUGAUAUAGGUAAUAAGUCACGCAGAACUGUUCUUAUAUAAGCAAAUACUUAUAAAUUCAUUGAUAUAAAUACUGUAUAUGUAUUGAAUUGAAAGGGACACUCUUUGUUUUGUUGCUAUACAUAGAACACUACUUUUUGAAAGACCAUUAUGAUUAGUGUUUUGCGGAAGUUUUAAUUAAUACAUGUAUGAUUAAUAAAUUCAAAUUAAAUUUAAAAGAGCAUCUGGGAUAUGUUGUACUUGAAAUAUAACCAGAUAAACAGUAUCAAUAUGAUGAUCACUGCGAUAUAAAUUUUGAAAUCAGUAAUCUCUCGGAAUAGACAACCAAAAAAGCUGGAGUGUUCCUUUAUGACGUGGAUUAUGUGCAACAAAUAAUGUGCCAGUGAGGGUUUCCUGAAGUUUUGAUGGAAACUCUGAAAACAGUAAAUUAAAAAAAAAAUGUAUAUUUAAAAAAAAGUUACAAAAAUAUUCAUUGAUCAUUUUUGUUUUAGGUCAUUUUGGAAUUUUCAUGGUUGUUUUGAUGUAGGUAUUUUGUACAUUUAAAUGUACACUUUGUUGUUUUUUAAGGUCAAUAUUUUUGAUUGGCCUUUUAAGAUGAAGUGUACCCAGUGCACAAAUUAUUUGUUAAGCAUUUUACCACAAGUCUUUCAAGUUUUUAGUGUUUUAAAUGUUCAGAUAUAAAUUCAAUGCUUGUUCCAUAAUCAUGAAUGAAUGGAUUGAAUGAAACAAAAGGCUAGAUUUUAAUCAAUUCUGGUGAACUUGUUAUAAGGAUCCAUACUCCUCCAGUGUAUUGUUAAGUCUUGUAUCAUUUCAUUGUACUAGGUAGUGUUAAACAUCACUACACUGGGUUCUGUAUCCGUGGAUUUACCCUUGGUAUGCAUGGACCUACCCCCGGUAUCCAUUGACCUACCCUCAGCAUGCAUGGACCUUAAGCCCCCGUAUCCAUGGACCUACCCUUGGUAUCUAUGGACCUACCCCCGGUAUCCAUGGACCUAACCUCAGUAUCCAUGGACCUUCCCUAAACCCAUGCAAAUCUUUUGUUUGUGCUACCGGUACAUGUUUUUUCCUAGAUUACCACUGGAAAACCAAACUGAAAAUGUGCUAUCUAAUGUAAACCUACUGCGUAUGUAAUAUUUGGGUUUCCAAAAAACAUAAUGUGUCAGCUUGUUUCUAUAUAUAUAUAUAUGAAAUUGAUGAAGUGUUCAUCUUGAGAUGGCUUUGUUUCAAAUUUAGCAAUCUGUAACACGUUCAUGCCGAGGAGAUCUGAUUCAGGAAGAUUGGUUGAAUAUGAUUAUUAGGCCACAGCGUUUUUUUAUCAGAUUUAAUGCACAUAUUUUUUUCCAAAACUGCAAAAUGGAUAGCGACUGCUCCUAUUUUUCACCAGAAAUAUGCGAACAAAAGUCAGUCAGAUUAUUUUGACAAAUGCAAAUGGAAAAAAAUAUAACAACGCUAUAAAUGUUUUGGACAAUAGCAUAAUGAACACAAUUAUAUAUUUUGCUCACACGCUGUUUCGGCCAAAAUCUGUUGAAAAUAAAAUAAAAUUGGUAUGGCCUUUGUUCUAUAAAAAUAAGAGGACAUACUUUCAUUAAAUUAAGUUCAUGUAUAAUUGUCACCUCUUAAAACUGACCUAGUUUUCACUUGGUGUUUUUAUAACUUGCUUAAGUUGUUUAUAAAGCAAAGUAGUUUCAUAAUUACACACAAGUAUUGGAACUGAAUAAGAUUUAGACUAGUUAUUGUUUGCCAAUUUAUUAAUUUGCAAGAAUGCAGAUUGUAGUAAUAUUCAGUUUGUUGUAACUAUUAUUAUUGUGAUGGGAAAGGCUUGUUUAACCUUGGAAUCAAAUUCAUGACAUUGCUUCCAUGAAAUGUUUUGCAAAGUGUUACUUGAAUGUAUGUUUGGACUAGAAUGUUUGCUUGGUCAUGUUCAUUGCUGCAUUGUUUUAGCAUUUUAUUCUGAAUAAAAUAAUUAUUCU